AUGAGUGAUACUACGGAAGUCCCUAGGCAAUCAUCUGAGAACGACCAGGAUAAUAACUUGGAAAGAACCAACUCAUUAAAAAGUCCGGACGUGACCAACAAUAUACCAAGUCUUUUCAAAUUAGCCGCCGAAUGGCAAAUCAACAAUCCACAGGAAACCUUCCAAAACCAUAUCCUGGAAAAUGAUGUACUCAAGAAAAUUAAUGAAAUCACUCAUUUGAUCCGGGAAUCGUACAAAGACCUCUCCAGUCAAGAUGGGAUGAUGUCCAAACAACAACAGGAAAAGAUGGAUUGGGAUUUGUUUUGUACUGUUCCUGUAAACAUUAUUGAGCAAUAUACAAAAGACAUGGACGAAAUAUAUGAAAAAAUGGAAAGGCUAGCAAAACAACAACGUCUUUGGUGUGAAUCCGCUUUUCAAAUAGACGUGGAAAGAUGUGGUGACUCCAUUCUCAAUGCUGAAACGUGGAUGAAGAAGAAAGAGCGCCAUUUAGAGUACAAAAAUAUUGAAAUGGAAAGAUCCGCAAAUGAAAUUAAGGAAACUAUUCAAAGACUAACAGAUGAUAGAUGA